AUGUCACGAGGAAUCUUUUUACCACCGGUAGUCUCCACCCAGGUGGCUGCAUCAGACAGCGCUGAUGAAUGGGAGACCGACCCAGAUUUCGUAAAUGAUGUCGGCGAACAAGAAGGCCGGUGGGGUUCCAAGACGGUUGAGGGCUCCGGCCAUCAAAAAGGCGAUCGAGAGCUGAAGCGCAUUCAAUUCGAGCAGAUGCCCAAGCCGUCAGAGGGAUACGGCGGCAAAUUCGGCAUUCAGCAAGACCGCGUCGAUAAAUCCGCCGAAAGCUGGGAUUAUAAGGGGGUGACCCAAAAACACCCUUCACAGAAGGACUACUCGGUCGGAUUUGGAGGACAGUUCGGCGUGCAGCGGGAUCACCAGGACAAAUCCGCCGUCGGUUGGGAUUAUAAAGAAAAAGUGGCCGUGCAUGAGUCGCAGAAAGGUAUAAGAUGAAU